AUGAAAAUGAAAAAAAAAAAUUAGGAUAUAAAAAAAUAGAAAAAUAGAAAAGGGUGUUGAACUCUUGGUCGUGGUCACAAUUCUUUUUCGUUGGACUUUUAUUCUGCCAAAAAUAAUAAAAGAAUUUCUUCUUUUUGAAGCUCCAAAAAAACGUGCUUAAACUCCUUUUUUUUUUUUAUUGCUAACUAAUACUUUUUUCAAACAGAGAGAGGAAGAGAGGAAGAGAGGAAGAGAGAGAGAGAUACCAAUUCCUUUACCAGCUGGAGAUGUGAAGAAACUUGACCAGUUAUAUUCUCCGUCUUCUCCAUUUCCGCCGUUUCUCUUCACCGGAUAACGGCGAUUCUUUCUCUCGCCGCCUGAACCUUUGUUACUCGCUUCAGCAACUACCGGUAGAUUUUAAGCCUUUUGGUUCCUUCUUUUUCUUCUUGGUUUCUUUUUUUUUUUGUUGUUGUUGUUGGUCAAUAUGUCGAAUACAUCGGACGCCGGCGGAGGGGGGAGACUUUCCGACCGACAGCAGCUGGCGAAGCGGCUGGAGAAAUCGAAUUUUGCUCAGACCUGUAACCUGUUGAGCCAGUUCUUGAAAGAGAAACGAACUCUCGUUGAUUUGAGCUCCGAUAUGGCUCCCAGGAAGAAGGCGAGAGAUGAACUCGAGAAGGCCAAGCCGCCGCCGCCGCCACCGUCGUUGCCUCUACCGCCUUCGACCACGAAUACGGACAAUUCUUCCGACGCUUCACGGCAGCAGAAGGAUGGUCUGCCGAAGUUCGUUGGAUUUCCUUCGUCGGGAUUCUCCAAUAACGCCAUCAAUAAGAGCGAGUUUAGGAAACCAGCCACGCCGGAGCCUACAACCGCUCAAAUGACCAUUUUCUACGCCGGAAAAGUUUUGGUGUAUGAUGAUUUUCCCAACGAGAGGGCCAAGGAGAUCAUGGCCUUAGCCGAUAAAGGAAGCCGCGGCUCCACCACCACCGCCGCCGCUCCUCCAGCUGCCGUCGCCCCCAACAGAUUAUUUUCUGCUUUGGAAAAGCCUAACAGCAAUUCUCCCACCGGCGAGCCAAAUGUGGUGUCCAAAACUCCGGCCCCGGUGAAGCCGGCUCCGGAGCAGCAACUGAAACCGCAAACGGAAGUAAAAAAGUCAUCUGAUUUGCCUAUCGCUAGGAGGGCUUCCCUUCACCGAUUUCUUGAGAAGAGAAAAGACAGGGCUGUAAUAAGAGCACCGUACCAAGUGAACCAACAGCCAGAGCCUGCUUCUAAAGCAAGUGGAAGCAGCUCAGCCAAUGAGCCGGAGUCCGUGCCCAUGCCCGUGCCCGAGCUCGUGCCAGAAGCGGAAGCUGAAGAAGGCUUUCCACGACAUCUCGAUCUCAACUUAUGACAUGGUUUUGCUCUACCAUAGGUUAAUUAUUUCCCUCUCCAAAUUUGGUUGCUAUUUUGUGUCAUAUAUUACAACUUAGUCCAUUAAUCUCCCACUCUUUCCAACAAUUAUGCCUUCCUAACAAAUAUUAUCCCAAAUCAUAAUAUGUACUUUUUUUACCUCUCUAUAGAAAUUUUCGAUGCAAUAUAUGGAAGAAUAGUUAACCUUGUGCUUAGGUUAUAUAAAUCACUCAAGUUGUUAUGUUUACAA